CGUUGUUGUUUAGCAGUUAUUUAAGAGGACUAUUGUGUUUUGAUUGAUUUUGAUUUCUCCCAGUCCUAGUGUUUAGUGUUGAGUGUUGACGUGACGUGAUACAGUGAUAAUUUGCUUUCACUAUUCGAACUGUUUUUUGAAAAUGGAUAAGUUACAUUACAAGAAAGAAAUUUCACGUUCAGAUCAUGGAAAUAUUCUUCAAAAGUUAUUGCUAUCAAACAGUAAAUUGGCGCACGAUAUCUACAAGGUUCUAACUCAGGAGUGUACUGGAAAUCUAAUUUUCUCACCCAUCAGCCUGCAAAUUGCGCUAUUGAUACUGUUCAGUGGCGCGAACAAAAAGACGGCAGAGGAACUCAAGAGUGGGUUAAAUUUAACUGAAGAAAAAGACGAAGUCCUUCAGGGAACGAGUUCCUUAUUGGAAAGUUUACAAAAUUCAUGUUUGAAAGUAGCGUCUCAGAUGUUCAUCGCCGAGAAAUUUCCCAUGAAAAAAUCAUAUGAACAAUUGGUUGCGAAGUAUUUUGAGUCUAUCUAUCAAACUGUUGAUUUUGCUAAAUUUCCCGCCAAAAUAGCAGAUAUGAUCAAUUCAUGGGUAUCUGAGAAAACGAAUAAUUUAAUCACUGAAAUAAUUACUUCUGAUGCUCUGAAUAAAAAUACUGCCAUGAUACUGUUGAAUGCUGUGUAUUUCAAAGCAGACUGGUCUCAUAAAUUCAAUUACUAUUCUACGAGGAACGAAUCGUUUCAUGUGUCCCCAGACCAGUGUAUUGAGAUUUCUAUGAUGAAGAAAUCUAGCCAUAUGCAGUAUUCAAAGCAAAAAUCGUUCGGAAUUCUUGAAAUUCCUUACCUGGGUGGAAAUGAUUUGCGUUUUCUGGUUUUUCUGCCUGAUAAAAUCAAUGGAUUGCCUCAAGUCGAAAGUGCAUUAUUCGAAACUGAAUUCCAAGAAAUGCUCAGUGAGGUAAAAACCAUUUGGGUAAACUUGAAGUUACCCAAAAUGAAAGUUGAAGAAUCAAUCAACGUGAAACACAUUUUAGAAAAACUUGGUAUGAAAGAGAUGUUCAACCCGAAUUCUGCGGACUUUUUUGAUAUGUUCUCUCGUGAAGUGGUUAAUGACGUUUUAUUUGUGAACGAUCUCUUUCACAAAGCUGUCCUUAAGGUUAAUGAACAUGGAACAGAAGCCGCUGCUGCUACUCACGUAAGUUUAUGUGGCGGUGGCAGUGUACCAGAAAUGAUCGAUUUUCAUGUCAAUCGGCCAUUUAUUUUCAUGAUUUUACAAAAAGACUUGAUUCUAUUCAUGGGUAGAGUUACUAAUCCUCAGAGUUAUGGUGAUGAUCCUCAGGAAUUUCAACCCGGUUACUUCUAAAUUCUAUUUUUUUCACGUAUAUUUUUACUCGUUUUCGACGAAGCUACUCGAAAGUGAAAUUGGAAAUGGAUAGGUUUUUAUUUUAUUUUCUUCGCGUGAAAAAAUGACGUUGUAGUUACUUUUGUUUUGCUCCCGUUUUUACCAGUUGAUGAGAUAACAUUGUACAGAUACAAAUAAUAUUGAAUUUUCCAUUGUAUACUUUAAAGUACGUAAUUAUGUAUUAUUCUGUUUAUGUGUUUCACUAUUUUUGUCAUUACUUUAAUCGAUCAGGAGAUGAACAAAAUAUUAAACGAUUUUACGAAAUGUUUUUAUGUCUACUUCGUGUUUAUUGCUUGAAAGUUGAGUAAAGAAUCUAAUACUCUUCUUUUAAUUACUA